GAGAGAUUGGCGCCGACCAAGAAAUGGAAAACUCCUGAAAGAAGGUCAAGAAGGAAGCUUUGCUGCAGUAUCUAAUUGUUUGGAUUUCUGAAUCACAGAUGAUUUAUUCUGUUGUCUUAUCCUCAGAUUUGAUGUUCUUGGAGCUAAAAUUUUACUUGAUUUAGUUCUACAGCCAUGAUCAAGACUUGAUUGAAAAAAUUCAAAGGAUACCAAACUAAUUCGAAAUUGGCAUCAAGUUAGUUUGAUUGUGAGCAUAACUAGUGUUCACAUCAUGCUAUGGCAACAGUUGUCAUUUGAGCUGCCAUUUAAUGUGAUUUGGGCAAGUACGUCAGACUAGCCUCCCAUAGUUGCUUUGUCUGGACAGCUGUUGGAUGCACAUGUUUUGUUUCUGUGCAACAAAAAUGAGGAGGCAUUUGGUUCUGGUUUUAUCGUGGCUACAUCCAGAUAUGUUUAACGAUAGAGGUCGCUAACAUCAUGCAGGAUCACCAGUAAAUGUUGGUAUUGAAAGUUAAAGCACACAGUAAAUAUUGGUAUUGGAAAUUAAAGUACACAUGCUUUACAGCCAUGUAAUUAUCGAUCUUGAUUGCCUCUUGAAGGUUCUUGAGUUGACUUGAUGUGUUAAGUAACCAUCUGGGACUAGUGCUGAAUCCGUUUUUAUUCGAAGAAUCACACAUUAACAUGGACACUGACAGUCCAAGUACUAACCAUCAACCAAACUUCCAUAAGAGGCUUUGUCAUGCUGUUGCACCUGUGCUUUUGGUUGCAAUUGGGUAUGUUGAUCCAGGAAAGUGGACUGCAGCUGUUGAGGGAGGAGCCCGUUUUGGGUUUGAUUUGAUCACACUAAUGCUCACUUUUAAUUUUGCUGCUAUUUUAUGUCAUUACCUGUGCUCUCGUAUUGCUGUAGUCACUGGAAGAGGUCUUGCACAGAUUUGCGGUGAGGAGUAUGACAAGGUGACAUGCAUAUUUUUAGGAGUUCAAGCUGAGCUUUCCAUGAUUACUUUGGAUCUUACUAUGAUUCUGGGGACAGCUCAUGGGUUUAAUCUUCUAUUGGGGAUGGAUCUGUUUACUUGUACAUUACUGACUGCGAUUGAUGCUGUUCUAUUUCCAGUUUUUGCAACCCUCCAGGAGAGUGCUAAAUUAAAGUUCCUAUGCAUAUGCAUGGCAAGCUGUAUACUACUUUCUUAUGCUUUUGGAGUGAUCAUCAGUCUACCAGAAAUUCCAACCGCCAUGGAUGGGACGCUAACUAAGUUAAGUGGAGAAAGUGUGUUUGCAUUGAUGAGCCUUCUUGGAGCGAGUAUUAUGCCUCACACCUUUUACCUUCAUUCUUCUAUUGUAGAGCAAAAUCAGGGGCCAACAAAUGCUUCCAAGGCAUCCUUAUGUAAUGACCAUUUUUUGGCCAUCCUAUGCAUCUUCAGUGGCAUUUUCCUGGUUAAUUAUUUGCUGAUAAACUCUGCAGCAAAUGUAUUUUAUAGCACCGGCCUUGUUUUGCUUACUUUUCAGGAUUCAUUUUCCCUAAUGGAUCAGGUAGUGAGGAGUUCGAUUGCACCUUUUGCCUUGAUAAUAGUUAUGGUUUUUUCCAAUCAACUUACCGCAUUGACCUGGAAUGUUGGUAGACAGGCAGUUCUGCAUGAUUUGUUUAGAAUGGACAUUCCCGGUUGGCUUCAUCAUGCAACAAUCAGAAUAAUUGCUCUUGUUGCUGCCCUUUAUAGCGUGUGGAAGUCAGGAGCUGAGGGUAUAUAUCAAAUGCUUAUCUUUACACAGGUUGUAGUUGCUCUAGUGCUUCCAUCUUCAGUGAUUCCCCUUUUCCGAGUUGCCUCAUCACAAUCAGUAAUGGGUGUGCACAAAGUUUCUCAGUUUGGGGAGUUCCUAGCACUUACUACAUUUAUUGGAAUGCUGGGCCUAAAUAUUAUAUUUGUGACAGAGAUGAUAUUUGGAAAUAGUGAUUGGGUGAGUAAUUUGAGGUGGAGCAUGGGGAAUAGUACACCCAUCUCUUAUGUUGUUCUUCUCGUCAUUGCCUUUGUCUCUCUUGGUUUGAUGCUUUGGCUUGCAGCCACCCCAUUAAAGUCUGCAAGCUCCAAAGUAGAUGCCCAGGCAUGGAGCUGGGAAAUGCAAAAUUUUGUUCCCGAAUCAUCUGCAGAGAGGAUCAAACAUGAUUUAAGUGAAACCAGAUAUCAUAUAGGCGAAUCCACCCAAUGGAAAGAACCCCCAUUAGUAUUUGAGAAAUACUUGGGGAGUCAUCAAGAUUUAUCCACUUCAAGUCCUGAUCUUAAUUUACCCGAGAGACUGUUUGAUGCUGAUAGUGUGUCUCAUUUGACUACUAUUGAGGAAAAGUAUUCUGGUAGGGACUAUUCCAGUCCUUCUGUAUGCCUUCAGGAGGAAUCAGAAUCCAAGGUGGAAAAGGUCCUAGUGCCGACUAUUAGUAAUAAGGUUUCAGAAGGUGAAGUUCUGGAUGUUAGUAUCACCAAUACUGAAUCAGUAGGCUUGGUGGAGAAGAUUCUGAGAAUUGAGGGGGAUUUGCAAACUGAGAACCACGAGGUGGGAGAUACUUGGAAGCCGGAAGAAUCAUCAAAAGAGGUGUCUGGGGGUAGCCCGUCUUUGACAUCUGAGGGUCCUGGAUCAUUUAGGAGUCUUAGUGGAAAAAGUGAUGAUGUCGGGAGCGGCUCUGGAAGUCUUUCAAGAUUAGCGGGAUUGGGCCGCACUGCAAGACGCCAAUUGACUACAAUUCUAGAUGAGUUUUGGGGACAGCUGUUUGAUUUCUAUGGGCAGGAAACAAAAGAAGCAAGGGCUAAGAAAUUGGUUGCGUCACUGGGGCUAUAUGUGAAGGUAGAUUUAAAAUCUGCCUCUGGAUCGUUGAAGGUGGACAAUAAUGGGAAGGAAUGUAGUGGGUGUUUUCCAUAUGUGGGUGAAAGAGUAUCUGAUUCGGUGAUCAAUUCAAGUUUAUAUGAAUCUCAACAGUCAUCUUAUGGUGCGCAAAGGGGUUUAUCUUCAAUUUCCAACCCCAUGCAAUUGUUAAAUGCUCAAAAUUCUGCUAUUGACCCUGGUGAGAGGCGCUAUUCUACUCUGCGCGUUCCACCGUCAUCCAAUGCCUAUGAUGAGCAGCCAGCCACUAUACAUGGCUAUCAGUUUGCAUCCUAUCUCAGUCGACUUGGUAAAGAAAGAAGCUUUGAUUACUUGAAUGGCCAAAUGGAGUCACUAACCCCAAAAUCCAGACCUUUGCUCACAUCGAAUUGCGUAGAUCCACUUGCUCAUGCCUUGAGGCGAAAACCACAAAAUGGGGCGAGCCUCAUAAAGCCACCUGGCUUUCCUGACCUUCCUGUAGCUAGAAGUAGUUUGUUACAGUCUGAAAGGCCAUUUUAUGGUCUUUCCUCUCCUGAACCGACUGAGAAUGCAAGUAACACAGUUAGUGCGAAGAAAUACUAUAGCUUGCCGGACAUCUCAGGACUUUAUAUCCCUCACCGAGAGCCAUCAUUGUCUGACAGAAGUUCACAACAGGAUGGGCCCAUGGCAUACUGGUCAUCUGUUAGUCGUGCUAUAAAUGAACGAUCUUUGUAUUCAAACACAUCAUCGAAGGUUGGGGCUGCUUUGUCAUUUGGUGAAUUUUCUCCUUCAAAAGUCUGCAGAGAUGUUUUUUCACCACAGUUCAGCUCAAACUCGGACACUGGGUCCCUGUGGUCUAGACAGCCAUUUGAACAGUUUGGUGUGGCUGAUAAAACUCGUUCUGUGGAGGGUGCAAGAGUUGGAGAGAGUCAGAGUUCAAUAACCGAAGAAACUGCAUUUGAUAUAGAUUUGGAAGCAAAGCUUCUUCAGUCUUUCAGACACUGUAUUUUGAAGCUCUUGAAGCUGGAAGGAUCUGAUUGGUUGUUCAGACAGAAUGAUGGGGCUGAUGAGGAUCUUAUUGAUCGUGUGGCUGCAAGGGAAAGAUUCAUUUAUGAAUUUGAAACUAGGGAAAUGAACCACCUGGUUCACAUGGGUGAUGCUCAAUUUUCAUCUGGUAGGAAACCUGGUUCUGCACUGAGAAAUGAUGAGUCAGAUAAUACAAAAUUUCUGGUAACCUCAGUGCCUCGUUGUGGGGAAGGCUGUAUUUGGAGAUUGGAUCUGAUAAUAAGCUUUGGGGUCUGGUGCAUUCACCGGGUUCUUGAGCUUUCCCUAAUGGAAAGCCGUCCUGAGCUUUGGGGGAAAUACACUUGCGUGCUCAAUCGUCUUCAAGGGAUUAUCGAUGUGGCAUUUUUGAAGCCUCGUUCUCCAAUGGUCCCCUGUUUCUGCCUUCAAAUUCCAGUUGCAUACCAACAAAGGUCAAGCCCACCUAUUUCAAAUGGGAGCUUACCCCCGCCUGCAAGACAGGGGCGGGGAAAAUGCACAACCGCAGCAAUGCUCUUAGACAUAGUCAAAGAUGUUGAAAUUGCAAUCUCUUGCCGGAAGGGUCGAGCAGGCACUGCAGCUGGUGACGUGGCUUUCCCCAAAGGGAAAGAGAAUUUGUCAUCCGUCCUCAAGCGCUACAAGCGUCGUUUAUCCAGCAAAUCAGUUGGCACUCGUGAUGGUGGACCUGGGUUACGUAAGGUUCCUGCUUCAGCUUAUGGAUCAUAACCUUCGUUUAUGAGUCACAGCAACUGGGGGGAUAGUUUUGGAGGAGUUUGAUUUUGGAAACCAACUCAUUCUCUAUGUCAGAGGUACCCAGCAGCAGUGAACUCUCUCUCUCUCUCUCUCU